AUGGUCGAGUUUCUCACUCACUCGGGGAUUCUAACUGCUAAAAAGUUGGAUGAUUGUGAAGCCAAAGGAUCUUUCUUCAUCGAACUAAACUUCCCUGUGAUUACAACUUAUAAACUCGUCUUGAAACCCUUGAAAGGAGCUACUAAAUCAACUUCAACAGAUCAAAUCAUGGUUGUGCUUUCAUCUUGGGAAUCUGUGACUGAUUUGCAGCCAAGAAUCGAUGAAAUCAUGAAAUGCCCCGGUAAAGUGAUGAUUGUUACCGCUGCUGCUCCUCAAGGAUCUGCUUAUGAUUUCUGCAGUAGACUCUUUGCUCCGAAAUUAGGGCUCAAUGAGUGCACAUUGUUCAUUAGCACAUUACUGGAGCCUCAAGAUGAACAAUGUGAUUUCCUCGCAUACGCGGUGAUUCCUCUCUCUCUCUCUCUGAAGGUUCAUUAUGAUAAGGAGAAGCAGAGAGUUUUGCUCACUGGCAAAGCUGCGACUGUCAUGAAAGGCUCUAUCAUAAUUUAA